AUGUUUGGAAAAUAGGCAGCUGCCUACAAAGAAAAGAUUCAGAGUAGAAUGUGGACGGCUAGGGAGGAACAUCCAUCAGAGGCUUCUCUGUGGUUUCUUCUCAAAGGAAGGUACAAGGAUGCAUUCUCAGACCAAUUCAACUCAGUUUUUCUCCCAAGAAAAUCUCCGUCUUCAGUCCAAUCCGCAGCAGGUUCCUGGCAACUAAUCAUCAAAGUUACAGGGUUUAGAGACAGGAAGAAGAAUAGGAGUGCUUUUGUUUAUGAAGCUGUUAAUCUUCAAGGAGUUUGUGUGUUCUUUGGUGUUAAUAGUAGUUUAGCUGAUACAGCACUUGGUCUUUUGCUUGAAGCUGUGGUGGAAGGUUGUCUUAUUGCUAAACAUCAUGAUUUUUCUCGUGUUUUGCUUCUAAGUGACAGUAAAGGUAUGGUCAAGAUCUUCAACACCAGGAGAGCGUCUGAUUGGCAGGACCACACAAGACUUGCUGAUCUGAAUUUUCUUGUACAAAAUGGUCUCCUCUGUCAUAUGAUCUUAGUAUCCCAUGUGCUGGUUAAAUACUUAUGUAAUAUAGCUAAAAAGGCAACUCAGAUGCCUAUCAAACUUUGCUGGUUUAAUCCAGCUUCUAUGUAAUCUUCCUAUUUUGGUAUCAAAAAAAAAAAAAAAAAGAUUGUAGCUCACGUCAGAAAGAAAGAGAAGAGAUGAAGCAAGAGAAGAAAGGAACGAAGAAAUAAACUAUCUGACUAAACGACAUUAGUGAAGUAUAAUUGUUGUAGUUCUGUGUUUUCAGUAUCUAAAGCUACAUAUAGUUUGUAAUGU